AUCUAUGGUGUUCAUGGUUCAGUGGUCUAGUUCUGGUUCUGCCUAGUCUAUCCUACGGCUCAUUUAUGCUCUCCGCUCUCUUUGCGUCUCUUUGUGCUGAGUCAUCGCAUAUUAGCACAUCAAUCAAAGCCGUUAACUUGCGAUGCGAUGCGAUGCUUAUGCUCAGCACCCCCGCACUCACACAGUUACACACACAGAGUUCAACAGCAGCAGCGCUCUCGCACAUUUCCGCUCUCUUGGCCAUCUUUUCCACUCUUCCUCUCUAUCUCUCUCUCUCUCUCUCUGUGUGUUAGCAUGUGCAAUUCCUGUUUGUUUGGACCGCAGAUUCAACAAGUUUAUUUGCGCUGCUACGUGUUGUUGUAAUGAAAACAAAAAUAUAAAUUCGUUAUAUACACAUACCUUUAUUUUGUGUUUUCGAACACCAAAUUGGCCUGUCAGUGAUUUUGUAACCUUCGAGCGAGGAGCAGUCGCGCUCGCAUCGAAAAUUCCAACAAGUUUUUGUGCUUAGUGCUAACUAAGAAGGCUAUAAUAAGGGCGUGAUCGACCAUUCGAAACAGUAAAGAACUAAGCGCCAUGCAGCACCAAAAGUUGAAACUAGCGCCGGCCUUGCAGCGCCAGGUUUCCGAGGUCGAAGAGCAACAGGUGACCCCAGUGGCGCCCCACCCACGUAUUUUGAGGCGCACUAGGAGUCUGAAUGCCCCGUCGCCGUUCCAGCAAUUCGGACCAUGCGGUCGCAUUAUGAAGAACUCUGCCAUGGUGAUGCAGAUUCAGGAUCCGGCCAGCCAGCGUUUGACCUGGUACAAGCCACCACUCACCGUUCUGGUGAUCAAGAAGAAGGACUCCCAGGUCCUGCUGCCCUUCGUCCAGCUGGUGGAGUGGCUGGUGCAGGAGAAGCGCAUGGUCGUCUGGGUGGAGUCCGCCGUCCUCGAGGACAAGCUGCUGCGGGAUGACGUCAAGCUGGAGCAGGAGAGCUCCAAGUUCCGGCAGGUGCACGACGACUACGCCGGAGUUAGGGCGCGUUUCCUGGCGCUGCGCGAAAAGUUGGUGACCUUCAAAGAUGGCCGCGAUGACCUGACCGAUCGGAUAGAUUUCAUCGUCUGCCUGGGUGGCGAUGGAACGCUGCUAUAUGCAUCCCAGCUUUUCCAGCAGUCCGUGCCACCGGUGAUGGCCUUCUAUUUGGGUUCCCUCGGUUUCCUAACGCCUUUCCAGUGCGACAACUUCCAGGAGCAGGUGACCAAUGUCCUGGAGGGUCAUGCCGCCCUCACGCUGCGCAGCCGUCUGCGAUGCUCCAUCCAUCGCAAGGGCGAGCGACGCAAGGAGUCGCUGCUGACCGCUGUGGGUGGCAAUCUCCUGAAGCCCAGCCUGCACAGGCAGCUCAAUUAUGUGGAGCUCAACAACGGACAAACAGGGAAAUCCGGGUGCAACAACAACAACUGCCCGAACAACAGCAUCCUGGUGCUCAACGAGGUGGUGAUCAACCGAGGACCCUCGCCGUAUCUGAGCAACAUUGAUAUCUUCUUGGAUGGCAAGUACAUAACCUCGGUGCAGGGCGACGGCCUGAUCGUAUCGACGCCCACGGGAAGCACGGCAUAUGCGGCAGCAGCCGGUGCAUCCAUGAUCCAUCCCUCCGUGCCGGCCAUUUUGGUGACGCCCAUCUGCCCGCAUUCACUGAGCUUCAGGCCCAUCGUUGUGCCUGCCGGAGUGGAACUGAAGAUAUCCAUUUCACCUGAUAGCCGCAACACCUCUCGGGUGUCCUUUGACGGACGCAAUGAUCAGGAGCUGAACCACGGCGACAGCCUGCGGGUGACCACCUCUAUUUAUCCCGUGCCCAGCAUUUGCUCCCAGGAUCAAAUCUCCGAUUGGUUCGACUCCCUCGCCGAGGGACUGCACUGGAAUGUUCGCAAGCGCCAGAAGUGCCUCGAUGAGCUGUCGGAUUUGACAGCAUCUGGGUCGGAGGACACGCUCGAUGAGUUUGACAACCUGAAGAUCUACGAUGCGUAGUGGUACGCAACACAAUCGUCCCCCAUUCGCAGUUUGUUAGUGUGGCCAAUUAGCCUAGUUAUAGUCCUAGUUAAUAGGGUUUGCUUGUGUGCAAUUUUGUAGGCUUAGUUAACUAGCGAAAAUACUCUGUUGUACUAUACACAUCAUAAGUCGCUUGGUUGAAAUGUUAAAUGUUAAUUGAUUACGCAAUUUUGGUUUAAGCUAGGCAAAUUCCGUUGUUGCUUGUAAACAAAACAAAAAAAAAAAAACGCUUAGGCUUAGUUCUUAAGUUUUUAUUAUUACGUAAUCUACAAUUAAUUGCGGGGAGUGUUAAGUACUUAAGCUGUCUCGCGUAUCUGUACAAUUCAAUGGAGAUAAUAAAAUCUGUAUUAUUUACUUAAAGCGCCACAAAA